AUGCGCCGAGUGAACACGCUCGUUGGUGAGCGCGACGCCGUCGCUGCCGUGCAGGCCGUCAAGGCGGCUCUUCAGGGCUCAUGGGAGCCGCUAACGGAUAGUGUGGCGCCUGCCGGCAGUGGCUCAUCCGAGACAGGGUCUUCAGGCGUGAUGCCGACUUCCCGGUCAGUCUUCUCGACGAAGGCCUUUGCAGCCGCUCUAUUUGCGUGCGAGGCAACCGGUGACGCUGCAUCCGGCCUGUCUCUCGUCGCCGAGGUGCGCCGGUGCUCCUCAAGCGGAAUCUCGACGGAGUGGCUCCAGACGGAGCACGUGCUGUCCGUCAUUUUGCGCCUCCAAUGCGUGGCGGGCGACCGUGACGGGGCGACGCGUAUGCUCGCCUACCUGGAGCACCACGGGCUUUUGCGCCUGCGCAGCGUCUCCGCCUUCUUGCAAUACUGCUGCAGUAGGCUCAAGGACCGUCGACGCGCCUUUGCCGCAUAUGAAGCGGCUCUAAAGCACAAGAUCGAGCUUAGCGAGCGAGACUACCUUGCGCUUGGCCGGCUGUGUGUGCAGGUUCGAGAACCCGUCGGCACGCUCUUCUUCAUGCUGCAGGAGAUGCGAGAGCACGUCGCAGAGGUGAGCGAGGCAAUGGUGCGCGAUGUGCUGGAGCCGUGGGUGAUGAUGGCCAACGAAGACGCCGCUGUCGGUCUGAAACCUCGCGGGGUGCCGAUGUCGUUGCAGCUUCACAGAGUAGAUGAGAUGCACCACGUGCCGCAGCUGUCGGUUGCCUCGCCACCACCGUCGAUCAGUGCUUCUGCGAGAGCUGCCGCCAGUCCCGGCGACAGUGCUGCGGCUGCGCCACCUACCAGCACACAGCUGUGUGGCGUCUGCCCAGCUUGUCAAGCGGAAUUAUCCGGAUAUCCCUUUACAGCCGCCUGCCGCUCUCAUCUUCUGCGCGAGCUGACGGAGCUGAUCAUUCCGCAGGCCUGCCGCAGCCGCCGUGCGUUGCUCGGAUUCGAGCACUGGAAGCGCUACAUACACGCUCGCCUGGACGCAGGUUACCGCGUCGACAUCUUUAUUGACGGCGCCAACUUGGGCUACUACGGCCUGUCAAGCUGGUACGAUCUGGCCAAGAAGCAGUUGAUGCUGCACCGCGGCGUCCCAGAGAGUCGAAUCACGGACAACGAUUUGGACUUCAACGCGCAGUGCAAGACAUCUGGCCGCGGCGUCGAUGUAGGCGUAAACUUUGAGUUGAUCGACGCUGCCGUGAAGCUUGCCGUGGACACGUACGGAAUGCGCAGCCCACUCGUCAUGCUGCAUGAGCGACACGUCGAGCCGAAGUUCAUGACUUUGCAGAACACCGCCAUUUUGCAGCGCUGGAAGGAUCGAGGGUGGCUCUACUGCUCUCCUACAGGCUUGAACGACGAUCUCUGCUGGCUGUACGGCGCACUCCUCUUGACUGAUCCGACCGACACGACGCCUACCUCAGUCACGGCCACCUCAGCCUCUCCGCACCGCACGUUUGUCUGCACUAACGACAAGAUGCGCGACCACCACUUCCGCCUCUUGAGCCCACGAGCCUUCACGCGCUGGCGUGACCGACACCGCAUCGCCUUCCGCUGCUCGCGGGUGGGGGAUCGCACGGAGCUGCGCUGGGAGCUGCCGGCUCCUUAUGAACGCUGCAUUCAGCAACACGACGCCUACUCUGCACCUUCGCUGCGUGAAUCAGUCAAGCGGCCGACGCCAUCGCACCACGUGGCCUCACAUGCGGCGACUCACGUCGGCUCCCCACACGCCAGUGACACGGGCGCUGUUGCCUCAUGGCACAUACCCUUCGCCUCCGUGCCGCGAAGCGCAGCGGCCUCAGCUGUACUCAAUGUGUCUCCCUAUGACAAGAGCGUUCCGCACAGCUCCGGUGGGGAGCAGGCUGCUGUGAUGCCAAGUGUGGAAGACGAGAGCACCGCUCAAUGUCACUCGGCUUUCCUGCAAGGCGUGGGGAGGGAGCAGGGUGAGGCGAUAGGGGAGGAGGAGGACGCUAUGGCGACCGCGCCCGCACAAGGGGGUCCGUGGGUCUGCAUCACUGUUCACGAAGCUGUUGGCUGA